AAAAAAUUUGUCCAUUGAAAACAACCCUUUACCCUUCAACUUGAUCUCUUACUGCUUCCUUCCCUUCACUGCCUAUAAAUUUUAGUAUACUGUAUUCUCCUUCUGAUAUAAUUUUACAUCAUCAACCUGCCCUUUUAACCAUGGAUGCUCCUUCGGAUCAAGAGAUGUCAUAUGCAGAUCAUAUCAAGAAGCGCCACGAGGAGAAAGGCUGCCUCUAUGCCAGUUUGUUCGCGAUGUGCUGCUGCUUUUGCUGUUUUGAAAGCUGUGAGUGCUGCUUGGAAACUAUCUGCUGUUGCUGCGCCUAACUGGGAAAUUCUGAGACGUUAUUUCAGUGGUUCUGUGUUUGAUGUUUAUAUGUUAUUGUGUGAAUUGUUGUUCAAAGUAGAAAGUAUGUGGACAAGCGGUAUUUGUCUCAUUAUUUUUAGUGUAAAUCUGGUUUCAUUCAUGUGUACUCAUUUCAGUUUCUUCACUUGUGUAAAUUGAGCUUCCCCAUUACUUGAAAUAGAAGUUUGUUCAUCCCAAUAUUUUGCA